UAUACACGCCCAUGUUCAACCACAAACAUGAAUAUAAUAGAGCAAAUCACAGUCUUACAUGCACACAUAUAUACAUAAGUUGUAGUAUAUUUGCUUGCGUGUGAAAUUGUUUCUGAGGAUCGAAGAGAUAUGCUUUAUUGGGGAGUUGAUCAAGUCCAUCAUCCAAACCAUGAUCAAGAUCCUUAUAAACAACAGCAACAACAAGGAUGUAGAAAGGGACCAUGGACACCUGAAGAAGACAAGCUUCUUGGUGAGUAUGUUUCUUCGAAUGGGGAAGGAAGAUGGAGCACUGUUGCUAAGUCUGCAGGGUUGAAUAGAAGUGGCAAGAGCUGUAGACUAAGGUGGGUGAACUACUUGAGGCCAGGGCUUAAGAGAGGUCAAAUUACUCCUCAAGAAGAAGGAAUCAUCCUUGAACUUCAUUCCCUAUGGGGUAACAAGUGGUCGACAAUCGCAAGAUAUUUACCAGGACGAACUGAUAACGAAAUCAAGAACUAUUGGAGAACACAUUACAAGAAAAAAGAAAAAUCUUUUUCAAAGCAAGAAAAACUCAGAAGAUCCCGGAAACAACUUGAUCUAAAAACACAACCGCAACUGCAGAAUCAACAGUCUAAGCUGGUGUCUGAAGACCACAUAAAUCUCGACAACAAACAAAACAUAGCUACAUAUUUCUCUUACCCGACUAGUGUCUACAAUGACAAAUUUCAUAUGCCUCAAAACGUUGCAGCAACCUCAAGCGACCACUCCAUGAUUGAUGAAGGUAACUUCUGGUGCAGCUUGUGGAGUCUAGAAGACGAUGACCCACACCGUUUUGGUGGUGGCUCAGAACAGAGAACAGCUACUAGUAUUGCUGAGAAGUUUAACGGCGGCGGAAAUGAGGCUCCGUUUUGUGGAUCAUGGGAUUAUAGUUAUAACGAAUUUUAUAAUGGAGGCUAUAUUUUUUAA